GAGUGGGCAGUGUCUGAGGGUCAGUGCUGAGGGAAUACCACACUGUCAGAGGGUCAAUGCUGAGGGAGUACCACACUGUCGGUGGGUCAGUGCUGAGGAAGCGCUGCACUAUCAGAAGGUCAUUGCUGAAACUCUGCCAUCUCCCCAUUGGAUAUUGCAGAAUCAAUGACGACGCCUGUUCACCUGAAGGUUGUCCUUCUGGGCGAUUCUGGGGUGGGGAAAUCAUCCCUCAUGAACCAAUACGUGAACAAGCAUUACACCAAUCAGUACAAGGCGACUAUUGGAGUGGAUUUCCUCAACCGUAACAUCACUGUCGACGGCAAAAACGUGUGUGUGCAGCUCUGGGACACAGCUGGCACUGAGCGUUUCCAUUCGCUGGGCUCUUUCCUGUAUAGGGCCGCGGAUUGCUGUGUAUUGGUGUUUGAUGUGACCUCAGAGGCCUCCUUCAAGGCACUGGAUAGCUGGCGAAAGGAGUUCCUGCUCCAGGCUGACCCCAGGGAUCCAGACAACUUUCCAUUCCUCGUCGUUGGGAACAAGGCUGACCUGAGCGGCAGCAGAGAGGUUAUCUCAAAGCUGGCAGAGAAUUGGUGCAGUGCGCACCGUCUGAAGUACAUCGAGACCAGUGCCAAGGAUGCGCUGAACGUGGAGGAGGCAUUUCAAGAUGGCGUACGGCUCGCUUUGAAGCGGCUGAGAAGGGAGGACCAGAUUGCGGACCAAUUUGACCAGGUUCAGCUGAUGCCAGAGGAAGACAGACAGCGGAACGCCUGUGCUUGUGGCUGAACCGGAGGCAGCUUUGCUUCUAAGGCCUGUCUGCCAUCUCUGGUGGCUGGUGUGCUGACCCAGCUGCCCUCCCUCGCCUCCCACUUACUGUCUCCACCUUGCCCCAGGCUCCUGUCCUCUGUCUCAGUCCUUCCUCCUUCACAGGCAAAACCCUAUCACCCCUUCCAAUGACAGCUUGCUGUGUCCCUCAGCCAUCCAGUACCAUUUCAGGAACAUCUCGACUUGGCACCCAUCUCCGAUCUCCGCCAGCAAAGGACGGACCAGACUGUUCACUGCACUUUCACGUUAGCCGCUGGGAUCUGCUCAUUCAUUUUGUGAAGAAUUUAAAUUCAUUGCUAACAAAGAUGAACUAGAACUGAGAACACUAAAGAACGACUAGAACAAAAAUAGAAGUUGCUGGGAAAGCUCAGCAGGACUGGCAGCAACUGUGAAGAAAAAUUCAGAGUUAAGGUCCGAACGCUCCUAGGAAGGGACACCAGACCCGAAACAUUAACUCUAAUUUAUCUUCACAGAAACUGCCAGACCUGCUGAGCUUCUCCAGCUGCUGUUUUUGUUCUCAACUUACAUCACCUGCAGUUCUUUCGGUGUUUACUAAAGCAGGACUGUUAGUGCAGAGACCUGGGUAAUGUUCUGGGGACCCAGGUUUGAAUCCUGCCACGACAGAUACUGGAAACUGAAUUCAAUUUAAAAAAAAAAAUCUGAAUGAAGAGUCUGACAACAGCAAUGAAUCCAUUGUCAAUUGUUGGGAAGAACCCAUCUGGUUCACUAAUGUCCUUUAGGGAAGGAAACUGGUCUGGCCUACAUGUGACUCCAGACCCAGCAAUGUAGUUGCUCUAGGGCAGUUCGGGAUGGGUGAUAAAUGCUGCCUUUUCCAUGGACACCCUCAUCCUGUGAAUGAAUAAAGAAACCCAUGGUGACUUCA